AUGUCAAAGGCGUUUGCUGCUCGUCUGCUGAAGACGGACGGCUGCCGCUCUAAGCCCUUCCACUCGCCCUUUGCUGCUGCUGUGCUCAAGAAGUUCGGGUGGACUGAGUAA